AUGAUGUUGAGGAGAAGGAGCAGCAGUGGCAGUGGUAAAGCCCCAGGCAGGCGCAGGAGCAGCUCUGUGGGGUUUGAUGAGUUUGGUUUUGCCUUCACUAAGAGGAGAGAGAGGAAACUGCUGCACAGAUCUCAUGAUUACAGUUAUCCUCAGCCCAAUGCAGUUAAAGUAAAAGAGCUGUGUGAACUGCUCAGCUAUUGGAAUGGAUCCAGCUUCAUUUGCAGAAACCAGAUCGAACGCUUUAUCCGUAUUGGGAUUCCUCCUGCUCUGCGUGGCCGUGUGUGGAAGUGUCUGCUGAACAUCGAGGCGGUCCGAGCGGCCAGUGAUUUCAACUAUCAGGUAUGUCUGAAUGAGAUCCGGAAACCUCUGGUGGACCUCGGUGUGAGUGAGUACAGCAUCCUUUCAGCCAUCAGCACUCUGGGAGAGAGGGAGAACGAGCUGGGUUUGGCUGCUGCUGCGUCUCUCGGCGUAGACGUGUCUCUCUUCAGACAGAUCGCUCUGGACCUGCAGAGGUCGUUUCCAACACACCGCUCUCUAAUGGGAGAUUCUCCCGAAGCCAUCGAGGGUCGGGCCAAGCUUUUCCGCGUGCUCGCUGCGUACUCCAGAUAUCACCCUCAGAUCGGGUACAGCCAAGGGAUGUCAUAUAUUGCUGCAGUCUUGCUCAUGCUUCUGGGUGAGGAGGAAGCUUUCUGGGCUUUGGUGGUGCUUCUUGAAAAACCUAAAUAUCUAUCCGAGCUGUUUGACUCCUCGCUCAAGAAAAUCCAACAUCAAGCGCAGGUGUUUCAGCAGCUCGUAAAGCACAGGAAACCUCAAGUGUCCCAGCAUCUGGAGAAACUGGGCGUGUCCUCUGUGCAUUUCAUCAUGCAGUGGUUUCUGACUCUCUUCACCUCUCUCCCAUGCUGGGACUCCGUGCUGGCAAUCUGGGAUCUCUUUCUGCUGCACGGCAUGAUGGUGGUGUAUCGUGCUGGUCUAACCGUCCUCCAGCUCCUGGAGUCUCGUCUCAUGAGUAUGACGGAGGAGACGUCCGUGCUGCCUGUCCUGCUGCGUGUUCCUCUGGAUGUCUCUCAGUACCGUGUCCUGAUUCCUGCUUUAUGGAGUACAGAGGUGCAGGACUGGGAGAUCAACUGCAUGAGCAGUCUCACAAUGCAAGAGGGUGAUGAGAGUCAUGAGACAGAGGAACACUGCGAGAACAGUGCUGUGUCUCUCGGUGGUGAAGGAAACAAAGAGCAGAGAGCUGACGAGGACAGGAACGAACCUCCUGGAAAAGAGGCUGUAGGCUCAAGUGGGAGAAAUGUGUUUGCACGCAUGCUGAAAGCGGCACAGCGCUACCUGGCAGAGACGACCAAGCAGAACACCGCCAAGGCCAGGGCCUCUCCUGGAAAAAGCAGCCCGGCUGUAGCUCGCCUGCUGAGGAAGAGAUCGUCUACUUCCUUCAGCCUGACACGGAGAAGGAAGAGUCAAAGCAGGCAAUCCCAGAAUGCAACUGUGGCUAAAACAGAACUGUUUAAUUUCCAGGAUGCUGAUGGCAAUGGCAAAGAGGACAGUUCCCCGAUGCCCCUCCGGAGGCUGCGUUCGGGCCCCGUGGGUCGAGCGGCACGCAGACGCAGCGGUAACCGGUCCACCCGGGUUAAAUCUCUCCAGUACCAAAGUCGCAGAGGGACAUCUCAGGGUCUCGCCAGCUCCGUCCCAGACUCCCCCUGCUGUAAACCCGGCCACAUCGAGGCGAGAGUGGAACGCCGGGAAUCCCCAGACAGGAUCCCAUCUCCAGGACGCACUCCACUGACCGAACUUAUCGCUGGGACCAGUCCAAACACUGAGAUACGCGAGUCUCAGAUGAUCUGAGGGACGUACUCUAAAUGGAUGAGUUUUAAUCACCUCUGAGUGAGCACUAAACCGAGUGAUGCUGGAUUUUAAACCCUUGAUCCGGGUCUGUUUAUGGAGCACCAGGGAAUCUAAAAGUAAUGUUUUACACAGUUAUAUGAAGUUGCACACUGUUAUAAUCACUACAGUAUAUAAUGGUACACACACACACACAAACUAAAUGUUAAUCUGAACACUUGAUCCUAAUAGCAUCUGUAAGUUUUAUGUCACUUGUUGGUUUAAUGGUUUUAUAAUCAUCUUUGGAAUUAAUAAACGAUAAACAGACCACUUUAUGAUUCAUAAAAAGUUCAGGAAUGUCUGGAUUUAAACACGUUUCAAACAUUCAGUUUAAAAAAAACAUGAAUUUAAUCACAGAUAAAGUGUGUUAGCGUUUUUUUGCAUAUAAAAGUUUUUUCCUGACAGACUGUAUUUCGUUUUUUAAAUGACUAACAUGCUUUGAGUUUUUAGGAUAAGACUAGCAAACAAGAAUUGUUCUUAGCCAGCUUAUGACAGGUAUUAGUUACCUUCUAAUGAUUCUAAUCCAUCUCAUGUAUGACUAAUAGUUAUGGGCAAUGAAGUAAUAAUUUUCUUUAAGUUUAUAAUUUGUAUAACAGUGUUUCAACUUGAACCUUUCAUGCAGUAUCAUUAAAAAUAAAAGUAAAGAAACAGGGCUCGGACUUUUCUUCUACCUGUGAACAUUAGGACGUUUGGAUGGUGAUGAACAUGUGACAAUAUUCUA